AUGACAGAAGAAACUAUCACAAAGGAAAAAGAUAUAGAUAUCACAGAAACUAAAGAAAUACUUAAUAAAUGGAAUUAUUUUCAAUCAUUAAGCAAUAAAUUGCUUUUUAUUUAUAUUGUUUUUUGCUUAAUAGCUCUUUUAGUUGGUGGUUUACAUUUGAUUUUAGAUCAUAAUAGUGAUAUUAAAACAAAAGUUUUACAAAUUACCUUUAUUUCUAAUUCUGGAAUAGUUGGCAGUACAUCUAUUUUGGGAACUCUAAUUUCAUUUAAAAGCCUGUUAUCUGUCCCAAAAUUAGAUACUAUAGAUGAAUUAAUUAAAAAUGAAAAGAGAUUUGAUAUUAAUCGAUAUGCAGAAGAUUGGUGUUGUGAAAAUUUGGAAGAACUUAAAAAUCAUGAAAAAAAUAGAAAGCAACUAUAUUUUAUGAAAAAUUAA